GGUUCCUGGGCGGGCGGGUGUCCGGGACCCGCUCCGGCGGUCCAGGCGCGGGGUGACGAGCGCCCCCUGGCCGGCUCCGCCUGCGGGCGCACCCACCGCACCGGUCCUGCCAGUGCCCGCGCCACCGCAGAACAGCCGUGCUCGGAACGGCAGCCCAUCCAAGAGGUUCAGAAAAUCCAGAAGAUCCAAAGACGGCCAGCAUUCCAGAGGCUGAAGAACUUUUAUGAUUCUGCCAGAUUCAGGAUUCUGGACCCAAGGUUCCCAGUGACGCCAUUCAUUCUCACAUCUGGAUUCCUAUUACUCUGAGUAGUUUUCUUCCUUUAUAAAAGGUAGAAAAGACAGCUCAGGCUUUUUUUCUUGUUAACUUUGACUUACUUAAGAAAGUUCGGAAAAAUUCAGGAGGAGAAAACAAUUCAAGAAGCCAGAAGAAGCAAAGAAGUAACUUUUUCACUGAAUACCUGAUGAUAGUUUCAAAGUAAUGGAACCUCAUGGAAAAUUGUUUCCUGGUACCUACUUGAAUAAUAGAAGAAAUAAAACAUUGGGAAAUGUUUGCCUCUCUCUGCAACUAUUAAAUGUAACUACAUUCAGUUAAGAGUGGAAUUACAAUUCUAACUGAAGAGGGGAAUAACGCAGACUUCCAGAAAGCUUCCUUCCUCGGCAAGUCCAUCCGUGAUUUGGGGGAGCCACCAUGUCACCAUUUCUUCGAAUUGGUUUGUCCAACUUUGACUGUGGGUCCUGCCAGCCCUGUCAAGGAGAGGCUGUUAACCCUUACUGCGCUGUGCUUGUCAAAGAAUAUGUUGAAUCAGAGAAUGGGCAGAUGUACAUCCAGAAAAAGCCAACCAUGUACCCACCCUGGGACAGCACUUUUGAUGCCCAUAUCAACAAGGGAAGAGUAAUGCAGAUUAUUGUCAAGGGCAAAAAUGUGGACCUCAUAUCUGAAACUACUGUUGAGCUCUAUUCCCUGGCCGAGAGAUGCAGAAAGAACAAUGGGAAGACAGAAAUAUGGUUAGAGCUGAAGCCUCAAGGCCGAAUGCUAAUGAAUGCAAGAUACUUCCUGGAAAUGAGUGGCAAGUCUUCACUGGGAUUCUCCACCUCAGUAAGGACUGAGUCAGACCUCUUUCUCUUGGAACUCAUCCUCCUCUCUUGUCAAUUCGGUCCUCUCUCCCACCCAAUAAACACAAAGGACAUGAGUGAAUUUGAGACUGAAGGCUUCUUUGCUUUGCAUCACCGUCGAGGAGCCAUCAAACAGGCCAAAGUCCAUCAUGUCAAGUGCCAUGAGUUCACCGCCACCUUUUUUCCACAACCCACGUUUUGCUCCGUCUGCCAUGAGUUUGUCUGGGGUCUGAACAAACAGGGCUACCAGUGUCGACAAUGUAAUGCAGCAAUUCACAAGAAGUGUAUAGAUAAAGUCAUAGCCAAGUGCACGGGAUCAGCUGUCAAUAGCCGAGAAACCAUGUUCCACAAGGAGAGGUUCAAAAUUGACAUGCCGCAUAGAUUCAAAGUCUACAAUUACAAAAGCCCAACCUUCUGUGAGCACUGUGGGACCCUGCUGUGGGGCCUGGCCAGGCAAGGACUGAAGUGUGACGCAUGUGGCAUGAACGUACAUCACCGAUGCCAGACAAAGGUGGCCAACCUAUGUGGCAUAAACCAGAAGCUAAUGGCUGAAGCACUGGCAAUGAUUGAGAGCACGCAACAGGCUCGCUGCUUAAGAGAUACUGAACAGAUCUUCAGAGAAGGUCCCGUUGAAAUUGGUCCCCCAUGCUCCAUAAAAGGUGAAGCAAGGCUGCCAUAUGUACUGGCAUCGGGGAAACGAGAGCCUCAGGGAAUCUCCUGGGAGUCUCCCUUGGAUGAGAUGGAGAAAAUGUGCCAUCGUCCAGAACCUGCGCUGAACGUAGAAAGACCAUCUCUCCAUAUGAAAUUAAAAAUUGAGGAUUUUAUCUUGCACAAAAUGUUGGGGAAAGGAAGUUUUGGCAAGGUCUUCCUAGCAGAGUUCAAGAAAACCAAUCAAUUUUUUGCAAUAAAAGCCCUGAAGAAAGACGUGGUUUUGAUGGAUGACGAUGUUGAGUGCACAAUGGUAGAGAAGAGAGUUCUCUCCUUGGCCUGGGAGCACCCGUUCCUAACACACAUGUUCUGUACGUUCCAGACUAAGGAAAACCUCUUUUUUGUGAUGGAAUAUCUCAACGGAGGAGACUUAAUGUACCACAUCCAAAGCUGCCACAAGUUUGACCUUUCCAGAGCAACGUUUUAUGCUGCUGAAAUCAUUCUUGGUCUGCAGUUCCUUCAUUCCAAAGGCAUUGUCUACAGGGACCUGAAGCUAGAUAAUAUCCUGUUAGACAAAGAUGGACAUAUCAAGAUAGCGGACUUUGGAAUGUGCAAGGAGAACAUGUUAGGAGACGCCAAGACAAACACUUUCUGCGGGACCCCUGACUACAUCGCCCCCGAGAUCUUGCUGGGUCAGAAAUACAACCAUUCUGUUGACUGGUGGUCCUUUGGUGUUCUCCUCUAUGAAAUGCUAAUUGGUCAGUCACCUUUUCAUGGGCAAGAUGAAGAAGAGCUCUUCCACUCCAUCCGCAUGGACAACCCCUUUUACCCACGAUGGCUUGAGAAGGAGGCUAAGGACCUUUUAGUGAAGCUCUUUGUGAGGGAACCUGAAAAGAGACUGGGAGUGAGGGGAGAUAUCCGCCAGCACCCUUUGUUUCGGGAGAUCAACUGGGAAGAGCUUGAAAGAAAGGAGAUUGACCCACCGUUCAGGCCUAAAGUGAAAUCACCGUAUGACUGCAGCAAUUUCGACAAGGAAUUCUUAAACGAGAAACCCCGGCUGUCGUUCGCCGACAGAGCCCUGAUCAACAGUAUGGACCAGAACAUGUUCAGAAACUUUUCCUUCAUUAACCCAGGGAUGGAGAAGCUGAUAUCCUGAACCUCUCCAGACACACGAAGGAAUUUGCCUUCUCUCUGUGAACUGGUUUGAGUGACACAACUUGGGUUCCUUUUCGACUUGGAAAAGAAAGAAACACUCAAUGAUAAAGGCUGACGCCUUUCAGCUCCUCACUGACUGUAUCUGUAGCAGAAACCAACUCAAUUUCACUAAUGAUGGCGCCUUUGGUUUCUCUCAUCAUCUUUCACAGCCACUCUUGAAGUUAGGUCAUUACUAACCAUAGGUAUUUACUUGAAGGAUGGUUCUUCGCACUGUGAAAGAUUUGAAAACUUAUUUGUGCUCUAAAUUAUGUUCUACACUUGUGAUCCAACUGCUGAUCAAUGAAAUAUUUGACUAGCAGAGCAAAGUGAAAACAAACUUCUCAAGACUGAAACUGCAUGUUCCAUGCAUGAAAGCCUGGUAUAAUAAUGGAUUUCAUCCAGCUGUGGACAAGUAACUACUAAUCCAUUUUAUUCUGUGUACAUCUGUGGAAGUGUAAAUGGUGGGGGGUGGGGGAGGAAGCCCUGAAUAGGUUUUUAUGGGAAUCCUUCAUAAUAAACAUAGCUUGUAACUUGAGAUUUAUCAAUCCAUUCAUUAUGAUUAGCCAUGUAAUUCACAGGAAAGAGGGAAAUGGCGAGUGGAAAGAGCUCCUGUCACUGAUAUGGAAGGUUUUAAAAGAGUGCCUAUUCUGUGGACCUUGUCAACAUAGAUGUUAAAUUUACAGUCCAGCAAAGGUAGAGUGAAUCAUGGUACUCCUGCCAAUAAACCUUUCCAUCCAUCCAUUCUCAGUUGAUUACAUACAGGACAGUGGCAGCCACUCAUUGCCAUCCUCACAUUUAUGUUAACAAGAAAAGAAAUUAAGUGUAUAAUUCUUCUACAGGGAAAGAAAAAACAGUUCCUGUACCCUUACUGGUGAAUCUAUCUAUGACUCAGAAGUCUCCCUUUAGGCAUCACUCAAGAUAAAAGACCCAUGCAUGCUAGUUGUAGCAGUCAAUCUUGUUUAAUUAGAAUUGUAGUUAUACAUUCUUAAGUAUCUGUGCUGUUUGUAUAUUUUGAUAAAGUGUUGUGACUUAAUGACAAAGAGGUGGAUAUGUAAACAUGGAAUAAAAGAAUGAAAAAAGGAUGCAUCUUAAUAGUUUAAUUCCCUACUUGUCCCCCCAAAAACUUGGUUCUGUCAUGGUUUUCAAAAUGUGGCUAGGACUGAGUUGAUGUUUUAAAUUUUAGAAAUCAAUAAAAAUCCCAAAGUGGGUAAGAAACUCAGACAA